UAAUAAAUGUUGUAAAAGUAUUGUUCUUUGUUAGUUCAUGUUAACUAAUGUUAACAAAUGGAACCUUAUUGUAAAGUGUUACUAAAAUUAGAAUAUGGUUCAUACCAAAUGCAAAUCUAUUAAUAUUCUUUUGUGCAGUGUCCGUUUUAUGAUGAAUGCUUCUUAGGCUUGUGUGAUAAAAUAAGGACCAUGCCAGUGGAGUUCCUGUACAAGCCAGUGAUCAGUGAGGGCCCCAAGGAACUCAUUACCAGAAUGCUGGAUAAAAUCGCUGAAACUAGAAUCACCAUUCCAGAAAUAAAGUUGCACCCAUGGGUCACGUGUGAUGGCACUGAUCUCUUGCCCCUGGAAGAGGAGCACUGUACCAUGGUGGAGGUAACAGAAGAGGAGGUGCAGAACUCUGUGAAACUCGUUCCCAGCCUGUCUACUAUGAUACUGGUGAAAUCCAUGUUGAGAAAGCGUUCCUUCAGUAACCCGUUUGAGUGUCCAAGACACAGGCAGGGCAGGUCCAUGUCUGCUCCUGGAGGUCUGACAUUGGAUAAGUCAAUGUUUCGAUCUCUAAGCAGAGGGAGUAAUAGUGUCGGGAGCAGAGGAGAACUGGAGAACCUUAUUGAGGAUGAAACUUUCACUUGAAUUUGCAAAUGCCUGGAGAAAAAUGGUCCAAUUUUGUGAUUGACAAUUUCAUGCCCUUUUACAUAUUAAAUGCUAGAUACUGUAGGUAUGACAUGAUCUAAGAAAAAGCUUUAAGGAACCCUGUAAAGUAACAUGCGGUGUCUGACACAGUAAUCUGCAUUUAAAAAAAGCAUUUAAAAAAAAUCUGCAUUUAAAAAAAGCAUUUAAAGGGAUAGUUCACCCAAAAAUGAAAAUUCUCUCAUCAUUUACUUACCCUCAUGUCAUCCAGAUGUGCAUGAUUUUCAUUCUUUAAUAUUUAAGUACUGAAUACGAACACUGAUUUUUAGAAGAAUAUCUCAGCUCUGUAGGUCCAUACAAUGCAAGUGAAUUGUGGCCAAAACUUAAAAAAAGCACAUAAAGGCAGCAUAAACGUAAUCAAUAUAACUCCAAUGGUUAAAUCCAUGUCUUCUGAAGUGAUAUGAUAGGCGUGGAUGAGGAAAAAUAUCAAUAUUUAAGUACUUUUUACUAUAAAUGUCCACUUUCACAUUCACAUUCUUCUUUUGUUUUUGUAUUCUUCAUACAUAUUGCCACCUACUGGGCAGGGAGGAGAAUGUAUAGUAAAAAAGGACUUAAAUAUUGAUUUGUUUCUCACCCACACUUAUCAUAUCAUUUCUGAAGACAUGAAUUUAACCACUGGAGUCUUAUGGAUUGCUUUUAUGCUGCCUUUAUGUGCUUUUGGAGCUUCAGAUUUUUGGUACCCAUUCACCUCUUAUACUGACAUAAGAUCUCCCUCAGAGACUUCAAAUAUCUAUGAGUGUUCAGUACUGUUAAUUGGAUGAGUCUUCAGAAAUGCAUCUUCAGAUAGAAUUACAGAACCCAUCAUGUUAGAUAGAGAUAACAGUUACUUAUAUUAAAGUUAAUUAUGACAGGCAUUACAUGUGUUUUAUAUGUCACAAGUCAUUUGUUUCUCAGUAUAAUGUUCAGCUGACAUAUGAAAGUGAUAUAUAGACUACAUGGGCCAUUAGUACAAUGCAAAAACAAAUGUGUUUAAUCAAACUAAUGGCACAGCCUGGAAUUUGUUGUUUGAAAAACAAUGUACCUACUAGGUUCAUGUUUUGUGCAUGAAAGUAUAUUAAUGACAAAUGUCUUUGAAACAACAAAAAACUGAAUUGCACAAAUUGAAAAA